AAGCGCAUGUCACUUCAUUCUGACAUUACAAAGAGUUUCUGUCGUGCGCUGUGAGGACAUCUCUAUCGAGAUAUAACGGUGGAAUAAAUCAAUCAAUGGGAGUUAAAACAAAACUAACUUUGGAAGCGGCGACGAGAGUUUGUCAAAGGCAAAGUUGUAUUGACUACUCCUGGAGUUCAUAUUUGAUAAAACGACAGAUGAGUCUCAUCUAGAUGACCUUCCUGUGGUACGGUAUGGAAGACCACACCGGCUGGUCUUUCCUGUAGGAUGGUGGCACACAGUACAGUGGAAGGGAAUCAAGGCACAGAAGAACCCCAAGCGAGCACAGAAGCCUCCCCAGAGGUCUCCCAAUCCCAAAAGUCCAGACCCGGCCAGCUGGCAGCUGUUAUCCAGACACAUUUCAGGCCCUUCAACUUUGCGAGAGACUUCAAGACCAUCGCAAAGACCACCUCAAAGCUAGAGGAGAGUGGCUUCUACUGGGGUCCCAUGACUGUGGAGGAGGCACAUCUGAAGCUGAAGAAGGAGCCAGUGGGAACUUUCCUGAUCCGGGACAGUCGUCAGAGCGACGUGUUCUUUACACUGAGUUACAAAGGACAAAACGGUCCUGUGAGCGUCCGGAUUAACUUCAAGAAUUCCAAAUUCAGUCUGACCGGCAGCAAGGAAUCUUUUGACUGUCUUUUCAAGCUGCUGGAACACUACAUCAGUUCCCCAAAGAAGGGUCUCAUCAGGCCCUACAGGAAAGAACCAGUGCAGUCCCUGCAGCAGCUGUGCCGCAGACGGAUUAUUGAAACAUGCGACGGAAAAGACAUCGACCGCAUUCCUGUGCACCCAAUCCUCAAAGACUUCCUCCAUGCCUUCCCCCAUCCGCUAUGAAGACGAGACUCGUUGCAUUAAAGCGCUGCUGGAAUAUUCUGGAGAUACUUGAUGGACUCCUCCUCGUGGUCCUGCUCUGUUUUAGGAUGCAGGAAUCACACUGUAGCACAUUUUGGAAUAUCAGUCUUGAACACUGCACAAUGAAAGUUUACAUUGUCUGUGAAUGUUUACACUAUACAGGAAUAUUGUUUUCCUUUUAUUGCGUUUCUGCUAUGCAGAAAGAAAUAUUUCAAAAUAAUUUUUAUAAAAAGAAUAAAUAUAUUUGUAAACAAUUUAAAA